GCCCCGAGCACAGGGAGUGCGCGGCCCCGGCAGGAGGCAGCUCCGGGAAGUGAGUGAGGGGAGUGGGCGGACUGUCAGGCGCUACUGCUGCAACUGCAACUAACAGUCCUGAUUUUAUUUCCCUCGGUGGAGUCGGAGCUGGUUGCACCUGAGUCGGGAUGAUGUGGUCGGAGGACUCCCCGGUCUGGCUGCGGGCUGCGCUACUGCUGCUGCUGGCGGCAUCCUGCGCCAACUCCGCGGAUAACUCAAACAGUACAGAUGUCACAGUUCCCACUACAGCUACAUCCAAAAAUGGCACAGAGACCAAUGCAACCACGGUGGCUCCCACCACAGCAAAGGCCAAUGCCACUACUCCCACCGCAUCCCCCACAUCUCCCACAUCCUCUAAGACCAUCCCUACUACUAAGCCUCCUCCUGUAGUUCCUACUACUGCAACAACACAAGCUCCACCCCAAGUAAAUACUUCCACAACAACCGUGGUUAGUAAUGGAACGGUUAAAUCCACAACUGUGAUUUCCACUUCAUCCAGCCCUGUGACAAGUUCUAUGUCUUCUGCAUCACAAAAGAUAUCUGGGUUUGACUUGGGAAGUUUCAUAGGGGGCAUUGUACUGACACUGGGAAUCCUGGCAGUGCUGUACUUUGGGUGCAGAUUUUAUAAUUCAAAGAGAGGCGUUCGCUACCGCACCAUAGAUGAACACGAAGCUAUUAUAUAACUUGGAGCUGUCUGGCAACGUGUAAUAAUCUCCCCUUGGAAUCGGCUUGCUUCUCUGGAAAUUGCAGUUAUACAAAAGAAUAAGCUUGACCUCUAAUCUGCCAUCAGAUCAAGUUCUAGAUUAUCGCUUUGCGUAACAGCGUGACACACAAGACUUCUUGUUUUCACAGAGACCUUAUUACCAGCGGUAACCAGACACUCAUUGCCAACCUUUUGUUACUGCUGUACGUGAACUACAACUCCCAGUGGCUUAAAUUUUGUGGGAGCAGUAGGUCAACCAUGAAACCGUGGACAGAACCACUUAAUAGAAUAGCAGGGGUUUCGGUGGUGACAUUGGAAUAGUGUAGGCCAGGACUUGUGUGGUUUCGAACCAUACUGAAGAGCCCACAGGUUUCCCACGUGCUUUUUCCUCAUUAGUUUUCUGCUUAAAAAUACAAAAUGUUAAUUAAUCCUGUUACGUUUUGCUUUUUUUGUUCCUCCAGAGGUUGCGUUACGAUAACAAUUUAGCAAUAUUCUAGCGUGUUUCCAGAAAUAAUCUAAUGGUCUUUGAAACAUACUAUAAUUGUGACCCAAUUCUGCGAAGUUCCAGGUGUUGCUAGUGAUAUCCUUUUUUUUUUUUUUCAUUUGAUUUCAUAUCGGCCAAAUUAAUAAGUGAUAGUAAGAGAUACAUUAAGGCAGUGGUUCCCAAACUUUUUUGAAUCACGGCGCCCUAGAGUAUCAGAAUUUUUUUCACGGCACCCCUAGGCCAAUAAUUUCUUAUUGAGAAAUUUAGAAAUAAAUAUUAAAUUAAGUAGAUUGUGUUUAUAGGUCAUCCUUAGGCUCAAUUUUGUGGUGAGGAACAAGAUUUGCUUCUGUUUGUCCCCAUAUUUUAUGACUGACAGCCACCAGCACUAGUUUUGCCUUUUAUAUUGACCAUGACUAAUUUGAAUUGGUCCUGGACCACCAACCCAGGGCACCCCUGCAAGUGUCCCGAGGCACCCCAGGGAGCCACGGCACACAGUUUGGGAACCACUGCAUUAAGGGCUUACACCAUACUAUGUGUACAUUAAAUGUAAUGUGAUGUGUAUACUGUGAUGUAGGGAUUUAUUACCUCUAUACCAAAUACCUGUCAUGGCUCAAUCUACCAAAAGGUACCUGAUAACCACCCAGGUGUGCAUCACAUAAACCUCAUUUGCUGUUAUAUAGCCCAGGUUACUGCAUUUAUAAAACUACUAGGAAGAUUGGAGGAGGAACACUCUGUUCUAGAUGCAAUGUGUUAUAUAGGAAGGUUUGCCAACUGGCAUUGUUACACUUUAUUGUUGUUGUUUGCUUUACACUGUUGUGGAUAGAAUGCUGCAUCCAGCUUCUUGCGGAAUGACGGCUUGCUUAUUUUUAUCUCUGCUUUUUCUCUUUAUUUGUUGCACUAUGGAUUGUAAGAGAGUUGCGUAAUGCUUUUGCAACGGGUUUUCUUGUAUUUACCAGACUUGCCUCUAUGUGGUUUUAUUGCCUACAUGGGCCUGGUGUAAUGACGCCUGAAUUAAGCAGCUAUGCAGGAUGCCGGCUGAACUCGAACGUUUAAGUUCGGGCAGCAUCCUGCACGGCCACCGAUCUCGGGCGUUAUUACACCUGGCCCCACUCUUGGGAGGGGAGGGGGUUUACAGGUGUUGCACUAGGUGCUAGGUGAUUGGUUACUUUUCCUUUUUUUUUUUUGCCGAGGGUAAUCCGAAAGUAGCACCUUGUUCACAAAAAAACCUGGGGAUCACCCGUGACAGAUUCGUUCCAGCCUUCUUCUUAUGGUUUCUUCUGGGCCGGCUUACACCUGACCUCACAAAAGGAUAGCAGGGGGAUGGCCCAGUAGAUCUCCUUCCAAGUUAUCCUAUAGCAAGCUCACUAUUGAGAAGGCUUUCUCUUUUGUACACAGCGCUUCUCCUCUCUGGUGUGGAGAAUAAACUCUUUAUACGCUAUGCAUUUAUAAAAUUAAGUUAGAGCCUCCUUUUAAGCUUUCACCCCCGGACUGACCAUAAGCGACUUGACCAAUAUGGAAUCAUUCCAGUUCCAACAUUUAUUUUUUUUGUUUUUGAAAGCCGUUCAAGAAAAGCCAAGACUUAGACGUGUAUAUUUCUAAGAGCUGUACUGAUUUUAGGGACAGGUUGUUUUAUUCUUUUGGAAUACAUUGUUUUUGUUUUUUUUUGUUUUGUUUUUUAAUACUGAAAUUGCAUGACCUCUGCGUAUGUAACUUUAAGAAGAAUUUAUAUUUUUAAUGUACCUUUUGACUUGCUUGAAAAAUAAAUUGAAUAUAUCGUUGAUCUGAAUUUCCUGUAAAAUAAAUGAGGUUGAUUUGCACUAUUCUA